GAGUUGAGUGAAGAAAGUAAACCAGUGUGAAACAGCGUCGCUGACACUUGUUGGUCUCACUUGGACCGGAACACUAACACUGUGUCGUAGUUUGACUGCAGACGGACGUGACUGUGGACUGUGGACUGUGGCGAGGAGACACAUUCAUCUGCGAGACAAGUGGAAGUGGACGUGGACACGUCGCGAGCGGCAGGUGCUGUGUGUGUCACAAUGAAGCGCCUCUCAUUGUUAUGCCUGUGUGCGCUGGUGAUGCUGCAUGGCCUUGAGGGUGCGCUGCCCCAGUCUCCCUCAUAUGGUGAGCGAGGCUCAGAUCUUGGCAUGCAGGUGUUUCAGCAGGUAGCCCUCUCCAAGCCCCUGGAAAAUGUGGUGUUCUCACCCCACGGAGUGGCUUCCAUUCUGGGCAUGCUACUGCCUGGAGCCCACGGAGAUACCAGGAAGCAGAUCAUUAGUGGUCUCCGCUACAAGAAAAAUGGCCCUUACAAGAUGUUGAAGAAGCUGCACAAGACCUUGACGGCUAAGUCCAACCAGGACACUGUGCUCAUUGCCAACGGCCUUUUCAGCCAAGAGGGUUUCCCUAUGAAGGAGUCCUUUGUAACAACCAACAAAGCCAACUUCCAAUGUGAGACCAGGAGCUUGGACUUCAGCAACCCUGAGAAGGCAGCCAAUGAAAUCAAUGACUGGGUCAACAAUAAGACCAAAGGUCACAUCCCCAGCUUGGUCAAACCAGAAAUGCUGGACUCGGCUCUUACCCGCCUCGUCAGCGUCAACUCCAUCUACUUCAAAGGCUUGUGGAAGUCCCGUUUCCAGCCCGUGAACACCAAGGUGAAGCCCUUCAAGGCGGGCGAUGGGACCGUCCAUUCAGUCCCAAUGAUGUCCCAGCUCUCUGUCUUCAACAUCAGCAUGGCCACCGCGCCUGAGGGGCUGAAAUACAAGGUCAUUGCGCUGCCUUAUCACGGCAACACCAUCAGCAUGCUGAUCGUUCUGCCCUCUGAUGAGGACACGCCUCUGUCCCGCGUUAUACCGCACAUCAGCGCCGCCACAGUGCAGAGCUGGACCAAACUGAUGCACCCGAGGAAAGUCCACCUGGCCAUCCCCAAGUUUACUGCAGAUGUGGAGGUAGAUCUGGAAGCUCCACUUUCAGCUCUGGGAAUAACAGACAUGUUCAGUCAGAACAAAGCGGACUUCAGACAUAUCAGUGCUGAGUCUGUGCAUGUAUCCAAGGCGCUCCAGAAAGCCAAAGUUGAGGUGAAUGAAGAUGGAACAAAAGCAGCAGCUGCCACUGCUGCCAUUUUGCUGGCUCGGUCCUCUCCACCGUGGGUGACAGUGGACAGACCUUUCCUCUUCCUCAUCAGACAUAACCCCACAGGUACUGUCCUCUUCAUGGGCCAGAUCAACAAGCCUACAGUCUAAGCCUUCACUGUGGAGUCCCUGAUCAGCACAGGAACAGUUUCUACACUGCCACACAUGAAUACACACUCCUACACACACGUACAUACACACACACACGUACAUACACAGACACACUUUUGCUGUACAGUGUGGACUGGUGAUAUUAUUUCUUAUAAAUAUUGCUUUUUAUGUUUCUCAUUUUCUGUAAAGCAUAGCAGACUUUAUAAAAAUGUUUUGCAGACUAAAUUUUCCAGCUGUUUUAAGUUUUUUAUACACUUUUUUUUAUUUUGAAUUGAUUACAUUUUUAAAAAACGUUGAAUGUCGAUGUGUAUUUUGUCAACUCAUUUCAUUUGUCUCAUUCGUCUUUCAGUUCAGAAACUCUCGAAAUGAACUUAUGUCAUUUCAGUUGGUUCUAAUUUUCAGCUACUUAUAAAUGAUCGUUUCCCUCACUGAGGAAGUUUUGUGUUAUCAUACUUGCUUCAUAUUUGAGAAAAUAAAUACACAUAUUUAUAACACCAA